UUUAUGAUGAAAUGGAGUCUAUAGCCUUGUCCAGGUUUCUGAGUAGUAGCUAUUUGAAUAACAAAAAUUUGUCCAAUACCACACAUUUUGCCAGGCCAACUACAGCUCUGUCCAUGGACAUGCUGAUAUCGCUCGUAUGAUGGACACUCAAGGGUAUCUUCCAUAGCUUCUAGAACAAGUCUCGGUCGAGUGGAAUGAUCAGGUAUUGGUACAGACAGUAGAGUGGUCGAAUUGUGAGACGAGGUGAGAUGCGGGGUUAUGGUCAACAACAGACUUUUGACGAAGGUGAUAACCUGCUUGACCCCUGCAAUGUUGGAGGUACCUGCCUUCAAGGAUGUGUACAUAAUCCUCAGUCUUGUUCUUUCUUCUCUUUUCGUUGCUGAUCUCCACCCAGCGAGCCUCAAGAUCCCCUAGAGUCCAACACUUCUAUAAGUAUGUUAAGCUUGAGAUAUGAUCUCUGUAUAACAGAACAGCGCCCGACUAACGGAGCUAUAGCAAUGUCCUCUCUCCAAUACUUCAACGAGAAAGGAGCCGGUCAGAAUCACAGCGACCACUACCACUACUCCCAAUGCGUCAUCAUCGGCGACACGGUAAAGUGUGCCGGACAGGGCGGCUGGGACAAUGACGGUAACCUCGACAGCGAAGACUGGAAAGGUCAAAUCGACAAUGCGUUUGACAAUGUCGAUCGUGUUCUUCAGGCUGCCGGUCUUGGUGGAUGGCAAGACGUUUACUUGGUUCGCAGCUAUCAGCUUGAUAUCGCCAAUCACAUUGACUAUCUUGUUGAGAAACUGAAGGAGCGACUGCCUGAGCAUCGUCCCGUUUGGACUGCUUUGAGCGUGCCUAAGCUCGCCCUUCCUGGUAUGACGGUGGAGAUUGAGGUGGAAGCGUAUCGUGGAAAGCAGUAGUGGAGAGGGUAGGCGGCAAAGCAGAUAAUUACGUACAUGGCUCACGCCCGGAGCAGAGCAACGACGAGCUGUAUAUAAGCACCCCCAUAUCUCGGAAUGAUUAACUUGACGUAUG